CCAUGGGUGGCUGCUGCGGCUGCUGCUGCCGCCUGCUCCUCGCCCUCCUGCUGCUGCCGGCAGGCCUGGGCAACGGUGUCACAGCAGUGUCCCUCACCCCCACCAGCCCCCCUUUCUCCUCGGAGGGGACAGCAGCAGGACCCAGCUCCAGAGAUGCCCCCAGCACAGGACCUGCUGGAGGUGAUGAGAUGCCAGCACAGGGGGGUGGCCACAACGGCACCAGGGCAGAGCCACUGUCCCCUGCUCCUGCCACUUCCACCCCUCUGGCCACCACCACAGAUGACACUCCACCUCUAGCCUUCAAGCCCAGCUUGGUGCCACCAACCAUGGAGCCAGCAGAUCCGGGGGCAGCUCCCAGCCCCACAGCUCCCCCUGCAUCCUCCAGCCCCACAGCUCCCCCUGCAUCCUCCAGCCCCACCGGUGACCUGCACUCAUCCCCUGGGAUGGCUCUGUCCCCACCACCUCUCCUCCUGAGCCCGGCCACCACCACCCAGCCACCCAGCAAGGAUGUCCCUUCCCUGGGGACACUGCCCGUGGCCCCAAGCCUGGCUCUGGAGCCAACGUCCCCCCCAGUGACUGUGCUGAGUCCCACUGCAGCUGGGGCCAUGGCCACUGGCAAAACCACCCUCCCCACGGGUGUCACCAUGGAAGAGGUCCCACGAGCCCUGAGUGCAGGGAGCAUCGUGGCCAUCACCGUGACCGUCAUCGUGGCUGUGGUGCUGGUGCUCACCGUGGCCACCUACCUCAAGAUCAGGCACUCCUCCUACGGCCGCCUGCUGGAUGACCACGACCAGGGCUCCUGGGGCAACUACAACAACCCCCUCUACGAUGACUCCUAGCAGGGAGGAAGCCAAAACCCCACAAAAACCUCCAGGAAUGAAAGCCCUGAACUUAGAACUUCCUUCUGGAGCUGAACAUCUGCUGGGGAGGAGAUGGACAAGCAGGGGCAACCCCCGGGGAGAGGACACCAAGAGGAUGGAGGUUCAUGGCUCUGUUCUCCUGCAGAGGUUCCUGUGCAGAAGCUCUUGGCUUCAUUUUGAUUUAUUAUUCUGAUUAUUUUCCCCACUCCUCCCAAUAAAUUGUUGCUUUUUUUUUUUUCUCUCUCCCAAA